CAACGAGGCGCUGUAGGUAUGUACGUACGCCUGUCUACCCGAGCCUUUCCCUGGAGAUCAACCCCGGGCUCCUGACAUUACGUCUCUGCCUGCUGUCCGCUUGAUCCUACCUUCCUUUCAGACUCCCGACCUCUGCGCAAUAUGCGUUGAACUUUCAACACACUCAUUAACCCUCCCCUGAUUUAUCCUUCUUACUCACUAGUAACCCCCCUUCUCGGUUCUGAGCUUCUUCAUCCCAAUUAGUGGGUAACUGCCAACAAUGGCUACUUCCGUUCUGCCAUUUCGCGACAUCAAUCUGCACGCCUCUUCCUCUCAUUAUGCCUUCACCUCACCAUCAUCUCCGAAUGCUCCGACCCUUGUUAUUGAGCGCCCGACCGGCGACUUGCGGGUCAAUAAUGGCACCCUUUCCGGUGCUAAGCGCAUCUCCAGCAUUGCAGGCAUCCUGGGUAUCAUCAAGCUGAAGCUGGAUAAAUACAUCAUAGUUAUCACCAAGGCCUUGCCCGUAGGACGGCUACGCGGCCACAUGGUCUAUAAAGUUGCGGCGACCGAGUUCCUACCCCUGCGCGAGCGCUCUCUUCACGACUAUGAUGAGGAUACAUAUCUGGCACUGUUGAAAGAGCUGCUUCGUACUGGCCCGAUGUAUUUCUCCUACGCUUUAGACAUUACCAACAGCUUCCAACGGCAGUCACAGAGUGACCCUAAUCUUCCCAUGUGGAAGCGGGCCGAUGAUCGAUUCUUCUGGAACCGGUUUAUCCAGUCAGACCUAAUAGACUUCAGUCUUGGAGAGCAAGAUACUACAGGUAUGCGCUACGGGCCGCAACCUGGAGUUGACCCGUACAUCCUGCCUGUAAUGUUCGGGAUGCUACGCAUCACGCCAGCAAAGGUCAAAUCCACUUCUUUCACAUUCGCUCUCAUUACCAGAAGGUCCCGUCAUCGUGCUGGAACAAGAUAUUUCUCACGCGGAAUAGAUGAACAAGGUCAUGUGUCUAACUACAACGAGACGGAGCAAAUUAUCAUUUUGAAUGAUGCGACGGGGGGUCUCUCCGGAUUCUCCGGGGGUCAGCCUUUGGCAAAGGAGAAAGCCGGCGGCUCAGCCCAAGAUCUCCAGGUCAUGGCGUUCGUGCAAACCAGAGGGAGCGUGCCCGUGUAUUGGGCCGAAGUCAACAACCUCAAAUACACCCCGAAACUCCAAGUCCGUGGGGUUGAAACUGCUGUUGACGCUGCUCGCAAACAUUUUGCCGAGCAAAUUCGUGUCUAUGGCGAGAAUUACUUGGUCAAUCUAGUGAACCAGAAGGGCAGGGAAGAGCGUGUUAAAAGUGCCUACGAGCAGUUGGUUCGCGUUCUAGUGUCCUCCUCCACCGAGACCACCGAAGCUGACGAGACAACUUCGGAGAAGGUGCACGCUGUAGAGCCAGGUGUCAGACAGAAGGAGAUGGACCGACUUCACUACGUAUAUUUCGACUUCCACAAUGAGACCAAGGGUCUUAAAUGGCAUCGCGCAGAGUUGCUACUGGAACGGCUGAUGGAUGGUCUAACACGAGGCGGUUACUUCCGCGGUGUAGAGAACCCGGGUGCCCCUGGUGGUCAGUUGGACAUACGCUCCGCGCAAUCCAGCGUGGUCCGGACAAAUUGUAUGGACUGCUUGGAUCGAACAAACGUGGUUCAGAGUAUGCUGGGACGCUGGGCCAUAACACGCCAGCUCAUUGACGCAGGGGUCUUGCGGCCAGGGGAAGCAGCGAAUGACGAUCGCGAGUUCGAGAAUCUGUUCCGUAACAUUUGGGCAGAUAAUGCAGAUGUUGUCUCCAAGUCCUAUUCCGGUACUGGGGCACUGAAGACCGAUUUCACGCGGACUGGUGAGCGCACUCGAGCUGGUAUGCUCCAGGAUUUGAAUAAUUCCAUUACACGAUAUGUGCGGAACAACUUCAUGGAUGGUCCCCGACAGGAUGGAUUUGACGUGUUCUUGGGCACUUAUCUCCCCCCAAAUUCCACUUUGGGUAACAUCCAGCUCUUCCUGGACCGCCGACCGCUCAUCAUCCAAUCCGUUCCGUAUAUCUUCGCUGCCGGCGUUUUCCUCAUUAUGGUGGCUACAUUCACCAGACGUCUUCCAGACUCCACUGUGUGGCCUUUGCGUUUAUUUGUCAUUUUCUGCUUCAUUGUCAGCGCCUGGUGUGCACGUUUCAUCCUUGCUCAUGGAAUGCUCUAUGUAAACUGGCCCAAGUUGAACACACCCACAGCAGGCUCUGAAGGGUAUCAAGACGCACUCAUAAAAGCUCGCUCAGACCCGAUAGUUGGCCAGCUACUUCCUGCAAGAAGGCACCAGAGAGGUUACAGCAAUGCUCGGCUGGUCUUCCUUGAGGAGGGCAAAACGAGGAUCGAGUAGUGUGUCUUGCCAGUAUCUUCCACCCAUCCCUUUCUAAAAUUCAUUCUUGUUGCAUGUCCAUUACGUGUUCCUGUACAUCUAGUAUUACUUACUCGUGUACUUGGUUUUAGAUCCCUUCAUUUCUUAUAUCUUCCUCUCUUCCCAUCUCAUUACUGUUUCAAGUUCUGCACCGGCCUUCGUUUUGUUUCUCUUUCAUAGAACCCCACCAACUCUUAAUGUGAUUUCUUCCCGAUGGAUAGAUACUCCAUUGGCUGUUUUCAUCCCACCCUUGUUUCAAGCAGACCGCCAAGGUAGCAAGUCGCCCCUAGAUGAAUUCUGGCCUCUGCUAUUAAAAAGUAGUUAGUUCAUCGGGACAGUGUCUCCUUAUCUAGAACUCAG